UUACAGCUACAGAAAACCCAGUAUUUGCAGUUGGGGCAGAGCCGUGGCCAGUACUAUGGAGGAUCCUUGCCAAACGUCAAUCAGAUUGGCAGCAGUGCGAUGGACAUGCCCUUCCAGACUCCCUUUCAGCCAUCUGGGUUGGACACCAGUAGGACAACUCGACACCAUGGGCUGGUAGACAGGGUAUAUCGUGACAGGAAUCGCCUUGGCUCACCGCAUCGGCGCCCUCUCUCUGUGGAUAAGCAUGGCAGACAGGUGGACAGCUGUCCAUAUGGUACUGUCUACCUGUCUCCUCCUUCAGAUACAAGCUGGAGAAGGUAUGUAUACAAUAAUUUUGAAAUGAAUGACGACAACGUCAUCUUCUUCCCAGCAACACCGGCAGCCAACCGUCAGUCCCCUCUCACUGAAUACAGAUUCCAGGAGAAGCCAAUCCCAACAAAUGUCUCCUACGCUUUCACCCCUUUCACCGAUUACUCAGAUUUGGUGGUUUUGGGAAGGAUAAGCCAGGGCAAUUCAGCAUGGCCAAUUCACCACGGCCAACUGCGGGACAACCUGCUGCGGGACAACUUGUCACUCCUGUGGGACAACUCGCUGCAAGACAAGAGUUCCACUAAUAUCGAAGAAAUGGCUGUGGCGUUGGACGCGCUCUCCAUGGAACAGCAGCUUCCUCCCUACCCGUUCUUCACCCAGACAAGCGCGCAGCAGCAGCAGUCACAGACCCAAGUGGCAAGUGCUUUACCACCCAACGCUUCUCUGAUGCAGACCUCCGGCUUGCAGCGGGGCGUUCAGCUGCCCCCACUCUCGGUCUCUAUCCCUUCCACAAUCCCACAGUCUCCUCCAGGCAGCCAAACCCAGACUUCCAUGGGGAUAGACAUCAAUUCAAAAUGGUUUGUCUGGGCCAUUUUCCAGAAUAUUUUUUUCAGCCAUCCAUCGUAUAGACCGUAUAGACUCCGUUACAACGGCGGUGAGGGCAAUGUGGGAAAUGCUGAAGGAUCAGGCUCCUCCAAAAAAGAAUUUGUGCAAGUGGAUGUGUUCCGCCUUAUGGGCUGCACAGGAAGAAUCGAGAUAGAAAUGAACUCGCUGAAAACCCUUGAAAUCUUAUUACUGACGGUUCCAGGCAUGGAGGAAGAUGCAUCAGAGACAGAGAAAAACCUUUCAAAACAAGGAUGGGAUACUAAGAAGACAGGAUCCUCAAGGCCUAAAUCCUGUGAAGUUCCGGGAAUCAACAUAUUUCCAUCAGCUGACCAAGAAAACACUACUGCCCUUAUCCCUGCGGCUCACAACACGGGGGGCUCACUGCCAGACCUGACAAAUAUCCACUUCCCUUCUCCUCUCCCGACACCGCUAGACCCAGAAGAGUCCACUUUCCCUUCCUUGAGCAGUUCCAACAGCACCGGGAACCUCACUGCCAAUCUGACGCACAUGGGGAUCAGCACAGCCAAUCAGGGUAAGGCGUUUGCAUCGGGGCUGCAAACGUCUAUCCUAGGGAGUGUCUUCGGCGACUCUUGUUACGAUCAGCAGAUGACUGCCAGACAAGCAAAUGCUUUAUCCCAUCAGCUCGAGCAGUUCAACAUGAUUGAAAACGCCAUCAGCUCCAAUAGCUUGUACAGCCCCUGCUCUACCCUCAACUACUCCCAGGCAGCCAUGAUGGGGCUGACCGGGAGCCACGGGAGUCUCCAGGACCCACAUCAGCUCAGUUACACCAGCCAUGGGAACAUCCCAAACAUCAUCCUUACAGUGACCGGGGAAUCGCCUCCCAGUCUGUCGAAAGAUCUCACCAGCUCUUUGGCCGGGGUGGGGGAUGUCGGCUUUGACUCAGAUUCCCAGUUCCCUCUGGACGAACUAAAAAUCGACCCCUUGACCUUGGAUGGGCUUCACAUGCUCAACGACCCCGACAUGGUCCUUGCGGAUGCCGCCACAGAGGACACUUUCCGGAUGGACCGGCUGUAGUGGGGGGUGGGGGGUGGGGGUGGAGAACGGAAAGGGAGUGUGUGCCGCGCAGUCCAAAGGAGCGCCUCCAAAUCACCAAGUCCCGGAACGUCCACGCCACUCUGGUGCUCGGAGGGAGAUCGGGCCGAGCCCAUCUCGGAUCUCUUGCAUCCCAUCAGGGUCCCCGGAGAGCCGCGGCUCCACUGUGUGUCCAAUUUAGCGAUUGCUCGUUCUACAACUUGCCCGGCAGCCGUCCUGCUCGCCUCUCCUCCCCCAGCACCAACUUAAAAGGUUCAUGCCUUGCUGUUGGGAGAACGUUCCUCAAAAGAGCCGUCUCUUCUACCCCAGGCCUCCCCCCUCCCCCUUACCUCCCCCUCCCUCUGUCA